GCCAAUAUAGGGGCCAGAAGCAGAACCAUCACAGUACCAGAACCAAAAAAGCAUUAAAAGGAGAAAUGAAGGUUGCAGUAUUUGUGCUGGUUUUGAUAUGCCUGGGCAGUGCAUGGUCAUGUGCAGGAUCCCAGCCUCUUGAUAGCAGCUCACCAAAUGACAUCCAGAAGUUUAGCCGUCGUUAUGCUGAAUCAACCAUUGCAAGUGACAUCAGCAAAAUUGUGGACUCGAUGGUUCAGAAAAACUUUGUAAACUUUCUGCUCAAUCAAAAAGAGAAGAGAAGCGAACCAACUAUAGAUGAUCCAGACACCCGCAUCUUCAAUGACCGGCUGAAAAAAGAGUUUGUGAUGUGGAUUCAGAGAAAAGGCGAUGCAUUUAAGAAUCAAUAAAAGCACCUUGGAGGACAGACUGAACUCAACUCUGAUUUGAAGAGCAAGAGUGUACCAGAAAUGUUUAAAUAAUCAAUGUACUGAAUAUCCUGUCAUCUAUCUCUAAAUGAAAAUCUUUUAAUUAUAAUUAAAUAGUUUUUCAGAAUCAUA